AUGAAAGGUGCAAAUUGGCUCUUCUUCACUAGCUCCUCCUCCAAGCAAGAAGUGAAAGAUAAAGAAAGAAUUUUAGGAUGUGCUUGUCCAAACCAAAGACAUUGUAACAACUUCACAACUAGAGGUUUUGUAACCUAUUUCCACAAAUCUCAGGCAACUAUUGAGAUUCCUGUCUCAGUUCAUAUUUCCACUGAUUUCAUUAAGACUAUCUCUGCUCCCUCUCCAACUGCCACCGUUUUAAUACCAAUCUCUAUUGCUCCAUGCCCACCUGUCUCAAUCGGUGCUUCACGACCUUCACCCAUUUUCACUGAUUCUACCACCACAUCAACAACAACUAUUGAGCCUCUUGUUUCUAUCAAUGCAACUGAUGCGGGGGCAGGAGCAUCAAUUUUUACAACUGUUCAUUCCACACCACCUAUUUCCUUUCUUCGCCAUAAUAACCCAAAUAUGAUUUUCGGUGAUGAUGAUGACUUCGCAGGAUUUACUUGCAGUCCAUUCAACAUCAGGACUAAAAGUGAUGACGAAGCCCUUGUCACGAGAGGGCAACUCAAGGAGAUACAUGAAAAACUGGAGUUCCUGCUUCACGCUACAAAGAUAUCAUCCAUUGAUGAUUAUUCUCAAGCAACUGUAAAGUCCAUUCUUGAGACCCUCACUAAAGAGUACUCCGCCAACCUUGAAAAGAUGAACAAGGUGGUAGAUGCUUCUACCAUAGUCUGCAACAACACAACCGAAAAAUUCGAUAAACUAAUAACUGAUGCUCAAGUUUUCAUUGAGAAGUUCAAGAGAUCCUUUGAGUCCAACAUUGCGAAGGCUAAUGAAGUCAUUUCUAGCGUGGGCUCAACACUUAAAACUAAGAAGAUUCAAGAUGAUUUGGCUAUGGAGAGAAAAAUCAUGGAUGUUCUUUCCAUCAAGAUAGAAAAGGUGAAAGUCUUGACAGUCAAAAUUGUAAAUGCUGAGAAACAAGUCAAUGAUUUGUUAUUUGAGAAAGCUGCUAUGAAAAGCUACAUCGUAGACAUCACUGGCAUGCUUUCAUAUAUCAUUGAGACACGAGACUCAAUGAUUACGAUUAUGGUAAAGAACAAUGUCGCUGAGAGAAAUCACGGAUUCACUAAUGGGAUAAAACAUUUCAUCUACUUUGCAUAA